ACCCCACAUUUUCCACUCUCGUUUCCGUUACAACUCCCUCUCACCCCACCUCCCUACCAACUCCCCCCCCCCCCCCCCCCCCAUUGAUUUCGAUCAUACGCUCAUCCUUAUCCCUCUCUCUCUCUCUACAGAAUCAUAGCUUUAGGGUUUUCAAGACCUGCCGCUUCUCUAUCAAUAGAUAGAUACUAGAUUCAACAACAUCUAUAAUACAUAUGGCUACCGAAGGCCAUCAUGAAUUUACGCCAAAGGACCACGCCGAACUCGACGAAGACAGGGCCGACAUGGUUUUCCAGAGGGACCGCUGCUGCUCGUGCCUGCCGCGGCUCGGUUCCCUCCGAUCGGGCCCGGGCGAGGAGGGGCGCCGCUGGGUCAACGCGCUGAUGAAGGUCCGGGAGUGGACGGAGGUCGCGGCCGGCCCGAGGUGGAAGACCUUCAUACGGCGGUUCAACCGGACCAGCAAGAGCGGCGGGCACGGGAAGUUCCAGUACGAUCCCCUCAGUUACGCGCUCAACUUCGACGAGGGGGAGAACAACGGGGACCUGGACGAGGAGGAGCACGUGAUCCGGGGGAAUUUCUCAAUGCGGUACGCGGCGGCCUCGACGGACCUGGACAAGGACGCGCCGCCGUUCGCCUGACCAUCGAGUAGUGACGUGGAAUAGGGUUUGUGAUUCCGUACUAGAAUGAAUUGUUUAUUAAUCUUCUUGUCUCGUCUUGAUGACGAAUGUGUAUACGUCAGCAGCAAGGAAGGAGGGAAAAGGGUAAGGAUUAGUAGAUUUCUAGGUGGAUUUUGUCAAUUGUAGAUUUGGUACUGUUGGGGUAGUAAAGGUGCUUUAGGUGGUGUUUAAAACUCUUUUGCUAAAAGAAAGUGUUUUGGAUUAGUGGCUAUACCUUUGGUUUGAUCGCUUUUUUUGUACGAGUCAGUAAUUGACCGAAUGCUGCUUUGAAAUUAAAUCAAAGAUAUGUUGGGGAGAAAA